CAUUCCUAUCACUCAAACACUACCCAAAAGCCCUUCAAUCCCUUCUUCCUUAGAUCAUCUCUCAUUCUCUCACAGAAAGAAAAUAUGGGUGUGACCAGUUUCAGCUUUGAGUUGGUGUGCUCGGUCACACCAGCUAGAAUGUUCAAGGCCUCUGUCCUGGACUUGCACAACCUAGCCCCCAAGAUCAUGCCCCAGGUCGUAUCAGGUGCCGGGCUAAUUGAAGGAGAUGGUGGUGUCGGAAGUGUCAAGCAGUUCAAGUUCACUGAUGCUGUUCCCUUCAGUCACGUAAACGAACGGAUUGAUGCACUCGACAAAGAGAAACUUGAGUACAAGUACACAGUAACAGAGGGCGGAGAUGUGGGAACAAAACUCAUCUCAGCCGUCUAUCACGUGAAGUUCGUGCCUGCUGGCAAUGGUGAGUGUCUCAUCAAGGCAACUGCCGAAUUCACACCUGUCUCCGGGGUCCAGUACACGGAUGAGGAAGCCAACAUUCAAAAGGAAGGAGUGAUGGGGAUGUUCCAAGCUGUGGAGGCCCACCUCUUGGAGAAUCCUGAUGCCUAUGCUUGAAAGAAGGGACACUUUCAGUCUCCUUAUUAUCAUAACUCAUAAGAUAGUGUGGUUUUUUACUUGUUUGUUUCGUUUUCCAUGCACCCUUUCCUACUACAUGUUUGCUGCAACAAAGGAAUGUUUUAUCCUGGUAAAGAUGGGAUUUUAUAAAAAUAAAUUUGCAUCUGGGGUAUGUUUGAUUUCGAUUUUGGACCACUAAAAUCAAUAGAGAGCAAAGGAUGUUGAGAUUGAUGAUCA